GAGUGGCUUAUCGGGUACACUUCCGUAACCUGUUUUCCUCUGGGAAAUGUAGUCAAUAGAUGCCUGUAGGACGUGGGGUUUAGGGGUCUGGGAACUACGAUUCCCAGCAGGCUAUGAGAUGCCCCCGGAGGUACUUAAUUAGUGAGCCCGUGAUUGCCUCAUCAGGUGCGAAGUGUGUGCUUUAGUGUCGUGGUAGGCCUGGCUUCGCAGAGAGGGAGGGGAAAGGUUGUAACCACUCCUUUGAGGGGGAUCACCGAAGUCACCGUCGUGGGUUUGCACAGUCGGACGGGCGGCGCCAUGGCGGAAAGAAAAAGAACAACCAAAGUGGACUUCUUGAAGAAGAUUGAGAAAGAAGUCCAACAAAAAUGGGAUGCCAAGAAAGUGUUUGAGGUCAAUGCAUCUAAUUUAGAGAAACAGACUAGCAAGGACAAGUACUUUGUAACCUUCCCAUAUCCAUAUAUGAAUGGGCGCCUUCACUUGGGACAUACAUUUUCUUUAUCCAAAUGUGAGUUUGCAGUAGGGUACCAGAGAUUGAAAGGAAAAACUUGUCUAUUUCCCUUUGGUUUACACUGUACUGGAAUGCCUGUUAAGGCAUGUGCUGAUAAAUUGAAAAGAGAAAUAGAGCUUUAUGGUUGCCCCCCUGAUUUUCCAGAUGAGGAAGAGGAAGAAGAAGAAAUCAGUAUUAAAACAGAAGAUAUAAUAAUUAAGGAUAAAGCUAAAGGAAAAAAGAGUAAAGCUGCUGCUAAAGCUGGAUCUUCUAAAUACCAGUGGGACAUUAUGAAAUCCCUUGGUCUGUCUGAUGAAGAGAUAGUCAAAUUUUCUGAAGCAGAAUAUUGGCUUGACUAUUUCCCACCACUGGCUGUUCAGGAUCUGAAGAGAAUGGGUUUGAAGGUAGACUGGCGUCGUUCCUUCAUCACCACUGAUGUUAAUCCUUACUAUGACUCGUUUGUCAGGUGGCAGUUUUUAACAUUAAGAGAAAGAAGCAAAAUUAAAUUUGGGAAGCGGUAUACCAUUUAUUCUCCAAAAGAUGGACAGCCUUGUAUGGAUCAUGACAGACAAACUGGAGAGGGUGUUGGACCUCAGGAAUAUACUUUAAUCAAGUUGAAAGUGCUUGAGCCAUACCCAUCCAAAUUAAGUGGCUUGAAAGGGAAAAAUAUCUUCUUGGUAGCUGCUACUCUCAGACCUGAGACCAUGUUUGGACAGACAAACUGUUGGGUUUGCCCUCAUAUGAAGUACAUUGGAUUUGAGACAGUGAAUGGAGAUAUAUUCAUCUGCACCCAAAGAGCCGCAAGGAAUAUGUCAUACCAGGGCUUUACCAAGGACAGUGGAGUGGUGCCUGUUGUUAAAGAGUUAAUGGGAGAGGAUAUUCUUGGUGCAUCACUUUCUGCACCUUUAACAUCCUAUAAGGUGAUCUAUGUUCUCCCAAUGCUCACCAUCAAGGAGGAUAAAGGUACUGGUGUGGUCACAAGUGUUCCUUCUGACUCCCCCGAUGAUUUUGCUGCCUUCAGAGACUUGAAGAAAAAGCAAGCUUUACGAGCAAAAUAUGGAAUUAGAGAUGACAUGGUCUUGCCAUUUGAGCCUGUGCCAGUCAUUGAAAUUCCAGGUUUUGGACAGCUUUCUGCUGUAACCAUGUGUGAUGAGUUGAAAGUUCAGAGCCAGAAUGACCGAGAAAAACUUGCAGAAGCAAAGGAGAAAUUAUACCUAAGAGGCUUUUAUGAUGGUGUAAUGUUGGUGGAUGGAUUUAAGGGACAGAAGGUCCAAGAUGUAAAGAAGACUAUUAAAAACAAGAUGAUUGACACUGGAGAUGCAUAUAUUUACAUGGAACCAGAGAAACAAGUUAUGUCCAGGUCUUCAGAUGAAUGCGUCGUGGCCCUGUGUGACCAGUGGUACUUGGAUUAUGGAGAAGAGAACUGGAAAAAACAGACAUCCCAGUGCUUGAAGAACCUGGAAACGUUCUGUGAGGAGACCAGGAGGAAUUUUGAAGCUACCUUAGAUUGGCUGCAAGAGCAUGCUUGCUCAAGAACUUACGGCUUAGGUACUCGUCUGCCGUGGGAUGAGCAGUGGCUGAUUGAAUCACUCUCUGACUCCACUAUUUACAUGGCAUUUUACACAGUUGCACAUCUGUUGCAGGGAGGUAACUUGCGUGGACAGACAGAGUCUCCACUGGGCAUCAGACCACAGCAGAUGACCAAGGAAGUUUGGGAUUAUGUUUUCUUCAAGGAGGCUCCAUUUCCUAAAACUCAGAUCCCAAAGGAAAAAUUAGAUCAGUUAAAGCAGGAAUUUGAGUUCUGGUAUCCUGUGGAUCUUCGAGCCUCUGGCAAGGAUCUUAUUCCAAAUCAUCUUUCAUAUUUCCUUUAUAAUCAUGUGGCUAUGUGGCCAGAAGAAAGUGAUAAAUGGCCUGUAGCUGUGAGAGCAAAUGGACAUCUCCUCCUCAACUCUGAGAAGAUGUCAAAAUCCACAGGCAACUUCCUCACUUUGACCCAAGCUCUUGACAAAUAUUCAGCCGAUGGAAUGCGCUUGGCUCUGGCUGAUGCUGGUGACACUGUUGAAGAUGCUAACUUUGUGGAAACCAUGGCAGAUGCAGGUAUUCUCCGUCUGUACACCUGGGUGGAAUGGGUGAAAGAAAUGGUUGCCAACUGGGAUAGCCUAAGAAGUGGUCCUGCCAACACCUUCAAUGAUAGAGUUUUCGCCAGUGAAAUGAAUGCAGGCAUUAUAAAAACAGAUCAAAACUAUGAAAAGAUGAUGUUUAAAGAAGCUUUGAAAACAGGGUUUUUUGAGUUUCAGGCUGCGAAAGAUAAGUACCGUGAAUUGGCCAUAGAAGGGAUGCACCGAGACCUCGUGUUCCGGUUUAUUGAAGUUCAGACACUUCUUUUGGCUCCAUUCUGUCCUCAUUUGUGUGAGCACAUCUGGACACUCCUGGGAAAGCCCGACUCAGUUAUGAAUGCUUCAUGGCCUCUGGCAGGUCCUGUGGAUGAAAGCUUGAUACGCUCCUCACAGUAUCUCAUGGAAGUAGCACAUGACCUUAGAUUGCGACUCAAGAACUAUAUGAUACCAGCUAAAGGAAAGAAGACUGACAAGCAGCUCCCUCAGAAGCCUUCACAUUGCACCAUCUAUGUGGCGAAGAACUAUCCGUCUUGGCAACAUAUCACCCUGUCAGUUCUGCGUCAUCACUUUGAGACCAACAGUGGAAAAUUGCCUGAUAACAAGGUCAUUGCUAGUGAACUAGUCAAUUUGCCAGAAUUGAAGAAAUACAUGAAGAAAGUGAUGCCAUUUGUCGCCAUGAUUAAGGAAAAUCUGGAGAAGAUGGGACCUCGUGUUCUGGAUUUGCAAUUAGAAUUUGACGAACAGGCAGUGCUCAUGGAGAAUAUAGUCUAUCUGACCAAUUCCCUUGAGCUAGAACACAUAGAAGUCAAGUUUGCCUCUGAAGCAGAAGAUAAAGUCAGGGAAGAUUGCUGUCCUGGGAAACCACUUAAUGUUUUUAGAACAGAACCUGGUGUAUCAGUUUCCCUAGUGAAUUCUCAGCCAUUCAAUGGCCACUUCUCAACCAAAAUUGAAAUUAGGCAAGGAGAUAACCGUGAUUCUAUAAUCCGGCGUUUAAUGAAGGUGGACCGAGGAAUCAAAGACCUUUCCAAAGUGAAACUGAUGAGAUUUGAUGAUCCACUGUUGGGGCCUCGGCGAGUUCCCGUCCUGGGAAAAGAGCACGCUGAGAAGACCCCCAUUUCUGAGCAUGCUGUUUUCCACGUGGACCUCACGAGCAAGAAAAUUCAUCUUACUGAAAAUGGGCUAUGGGCAGAUAUUGGUGAUACAAUGAUCUAUCUGGUUCAUUAAAUUCAGGCACAUUGGAGAUUUAUCCUGGUUUCUGGGGAUAUUACUACUAUGAUUGUGCCUAUAGAUGGGCUAUGAGAAUCUUAGGCUGGACCUAAAUAGAUUUCAUUUCUAACCAUCAAAUUCUGCAUGUACUUGUAAAUACACCAAGUUUUCUUGGAUUCCUGGACCUAAUAAAUUUUUUUUCCUUAUUGAGGCCUCAAA